GUCGGAUGAGGUUCUUGACAUCACAAAGAAUGAUUCGCGCAAAGACUAAAUUGAAUUCAACAUCCGUACGAAAGAAAACCUUCUCCCGAAAAAAUAAUUUCCCUUCCGCUGUUACCCGGUUAUAAUACUUAGCCUUGGAUUAAAAAAUUUAUUUUCUCCCUCCUCUUGACUCCACUAUCAACCACCUCCCUUUUCUCUCUUUUGCGUCUUAUUCAGUCAUGCAGUAUUCUCGCGUUGCUCUUAGACUAUCUCGUGUUUCUCUCUCAAAAAACGUAAUUGCUACUACUGCAGUGCGUCAUGUUCAAAGAAACUUGCAUGUUCAAACCGCUGCUUCUUUAUAUACAGUUGGUUAUGACCGUUUAAAACAAAACAGUAACUUACAAAACAGCACCAUCAAGAACCAAAUUAGAACAUACGCCGACAAAGUAAUCAAGGUUCCUCAAAUGGCAGAGUCUAUCUCCGAAGGAACUCUUAAGCAAUGGGUUAAGCAGGUCGGUGAUUUCGUUCGUCAAGAUGAAGAGGUUGCCACCAUUGAAACCGACAAGAUCGACGUCACAGUCAACUCCCCUGCAUCAGGCACUAUUGUCGAAGUAUACGCUAACGAAGAAGACACUGUUGCUGUCGGUGCUGACUUCUUCAAGUUGGAACUUGGAGAUGCACCAAAGGAAGGUGCUGCUCCUGCAAAGAAAGAAGAGCCCAAGAAGGAAGAAGUGAAGCAGGAAGAAGUCAAGAAGGAAGAACCUAAACAAGAGGCUCCCAAAAAGGAAGAACCCAAGCCUGCUGCUGCUGCCCCUGCUCCCAAGCCCGCCAAGAGCGAAGCCCCCAAGCCUGCUGCUGCUGGCGAAAAGGUCUUUGGUAACCGUAAUGAAACUCGUGUAAAGAUGAACCGUAUGCGUCUUAGAAUUGCCGAAAGAUUGAAGCAAUCUCAAGAAACAGCUGCUUCCUUGACUACAUUCAACGAAAUCGACAUGACCAACUUGAUCGGUCUUCGUGCUGACUACAAGGAUGCCGUCUUGAAGAAGCACGGCGUCAAAUUCGGUUUCAUGUCUGCCUUUGUGAAAGCCGCUGCUGUUGCUUUGCAAGAAAUUCCUGCUGUCAAUGCCUCUAUUGACGGUAACGAAAUUGUCUACCACGACUACGUCGAUAUGAGUGUCGCUGUUUCUACCCCCAAGGGUUUGGUCACUCCUGUGUUGAGAAACGUUGAAGACAUGAACUAUCUUGAUGUUGAAAAGAACAUUGCUGAACUCAGUAAAAAGGCUCGUGACAACAAGAUCACCAUUGAAGAUAUGGCCGGAGGUACAUUCACAAUUUCCAACGGUGGUGUGUUUGGUUCUUUGAUGGGUACUCCUAUCAUCAACUUGCCUCAAACUGCCAUUUUGGGUAUGCACGCUAUUAAGGAAAGACCUGUUAAUGUUAAUGGAAAGGUUGAAAUCCGUCCUAUGAUGUACGUUGCUCUUACUUAUGACCACAGACUUAUCGAUGGUCGUGAAGCCGUUACAUUCUUGGUUAGAAUUAAGGAACUCGUUGAAGAUCCUAGAAGACUUCUUUUGAACAUUUAAAACACCCAACUCAAUAUCAAUCAUUUGCAUCUAUACUAUAAUUAAUGAGACAAAAAGAAUCAAUAAAUAAAUCUUGUAAAAAACCGAGAACAGCA